UAUGGGUGCUUAUCGAUUUUUCUCUAUUCUCACCCGUACACGGGAGUGGACCGUUUUGAUGCUGAAUUUUUCCUUGCAGCAUCCGUACGGGGUUUUUCUAACACAACCAGCACCGAUGGGCGUGCUGGGUCACGGAUAGUUAAAAACGGGUUAAAAGUGUGAAUUUGCCCAGCGGUUUGUAUGGUAUACUGUGAUGUGAGCGAGUGAUCGUAUAAAGGUAAAAAGUAAAUGAUUAAUGUGCAGUUAAAGGAUUCGCAAAAAUGAAGCUGAUAUCCACCGAAUUUUGCAUCAAAAUGUUGAAUGCGAAAGUGUUUCUCCUUUGUCUGGUCGCAUCCAGCUCGGCACAGGCAUCGGUAGCGCACAUCGAAGCGAACCCGGACGCCAAAAGACUGUACGAUGAUCUGUUAAGCAAUUACAACCGCCUGAUACGGCCAGUGGUGAAUAACACCGAAACGCUGACCGUUUGGCUCGGUCUGAAGUUGUCGCAGCUAAUCGAAGUGAGCCUACGGAACCAGGUAAUGACCACGAAUCUGUGGGUCAAGCAGAAAUGGUUCGACUAUAAGCUGCGUUGGGAUCCGGAGGAGUACGGCGGUGUGGAGAUGCUGUACGUCCCAUCGGAACAGAUCUGGUUGCCCGAUAUUGUGCUGUAUAACAACUGGGAUGGCAAUUAUGAGGUGACACUCAUGACGAAGGCAACGCUGAAGUACACUGGGGAGGUAUUUUGGGAGCCACCGGCAAUCUACAAAUCAUCGUGCGAGAUGAACGUCGAAUACUUUCCGUACGACGAACAGACGUGUCUGAUGAAGUUUGGCUCGUGGACGUACAACGGAGCACAGGUGGAACUGCGUCAUCUGGAUCAGAUUCCUGGUAGCAAUCUCGUACAGAUUGGGAUAGAUUUGAGCGAGUUCUACUUGUCCGUCGAAUGGGACAUCUUGGAAGUACCGGCUAGUCGAAACGAGGAAUACUACCCUUGCUGUCCAGAACCAUUCUCAGACAUCACGUUCAAACUUACGAUGAGAAGAAAAACGCUUUUCUACACGGUCAAUCUGAUCAUACCUUGUGUCGGUAUCACGUUCCUGACGGUACUGGUGUUCUAUCUGCCGAGUGAUUCGGGCGAGAAGGUCACGCUUUGCAUCUCAAUAUUGGUGUCAUUGACUGUGUUCUUUUUGCUGUUGGCCGAAAUUAUCCCUCCGACAUCACUAGCCGUGCCACUGUUGGGCAAGUAUCUGCUCUUCACGAUGAUCCUUGUAUCGCUAUCGGUUUGGACGACUGUUUGCGUUCUUAACGUCUGGUACAGGAGCACAUCGACACAUAAAAUGUCACCCUUCGUCCGGAGGCUGUUUCUGGAGAUAAUGCCCAAGAUCUUGAUGAUGCGUCGGGCAAAGUACACGCUGCCGGAUUACGACGAUUCCACACCCAGCAAUGGCUACACGAACGAAAUCGAAAUGAGUGUUAGUGAUUUUCCCGGCGAGUUUAAGGAAGGUGGUGACAGUUUCGAUAAUAUAGGAGUUAAUCUUUCGCACGGUUCAGUCGAGGCGGAAAAUGUCAUCCCGAAGCAAUUAUCACCGGAGGUGCUGUCCGCAAUACAGGCGGUAAGAUUUAUUGCCCAGCACAUUAAGGACGCUGAUAAGGAUAAUGAGAUCGUCGAAGAUUGGAAGUUCGUCUCGAUGGUGCUGGAUCGGUUCUUUCUGUGGGUGUUUACAAUUUCCUGCAUUUUCGGCACGUUCGGCAUCAUCUUCCAGAGUCCAUCGCUGUACGAUACGCGGGCCCCGGUUGACCAGCAGCUGAGCGAAAUACCGCUGCGCAAGAACAACUUUAUGCUUCCACCGGACAUCGUACGUAUCACGCUGGAUUAAGGGCUUUGUUCGCGUACGAGGAUGAAGAUUUGUUUUAUGUUUCGAUUGUGGUACACCAUUCAAUGUCGAACAAGUGUGGGAGAUGGCCUACGGGACGGGUGUCUCCCAGGGUACGAUGGUUCAACACAGGCACAAGUACGGUUUGAAGCAAACAGUUUUGUUACGGUGUUGCUAUUGCCGCACCGAGAGUUUUUUUGCAAAAUGGUUGAUUAAGGUUUAACGCGUAGCUGCAUUUAUAACGAAACUACUACGAAUACGAACAGCGAAUCGAUAGCAUUUCUUAAUCGAAAUUUAACAUUACGGUAACAACAACAGAAACAGACAAAAAAACUAGUGAAUAAAGCGUAAAGAGCACAUGUUUGUACUGGGUGUAAA